AUGCACUGGUUCAAGACUUGAAAACUCAUGGAAAUAACAGUACAACAGCUAAUGGCUCAUUUGGACUCUAUAAGGAAAGACAUGGUCAUCCUAGAGAAAAGUGAAUUUGCAAAUCUCAGAGCAGAGAAUGAGAAAAUGAAAAUUGAAUUAGAACAAGUUAAACAGCAACUAAUAAAUGAAACAAGUCGAAUCAGAGCAGAUAAUAAACUGGAUAUCAACCUAGAAAGGAGCAGAGUAACAGAUAUGUUUACAGAUCAAGAAAAGAAACUUAUGGAAGUCACCACAGAAUUUACCCAAAAGGAUAACCAAACAAAAAGUGUAAUAUCAGAGACCAGUAAUAAAAUUGACAUUGAAAUUGCUUCCUUAAAAACGCUGAUGGAAUCUAACAAACUUGAGACAAUUCGUUAUCUUGCAGCCUCAGUGUUUACUUGUCUGGCAAUAGCCUUGGGAUUUUAUAGACUCUGGAAAUAG